UCGUUAAGGAUUCGAUCGCAGCUACAUAUUUCUGACAACCUUACAAAUUUAGCAAGAUGACAGCGAUCCCAGGAGUCGAAGAACCAGUUUGCCGGAUAUGCCAUGGCUCAGCUGCCUUGGGCGCACUAUCUUCACCAUGUGACUGCCGUGGUUCGCUUGGCUAUGUCCACCUGUCCUGCCUGUCCCAAUGGGUGCGGGAGUCACGUAACAGGCACUGUGAGAUUUGCAAUUGUGAUUACAGAGUAUUCUACAUUCGGAGAGGUAUUACAACAAGUUUGAGAAGAUGGCUUGAACGGCCCUCACAAGAGUCACUUAUAAAGAAUAUAACAGUCCUGGCAGCAAUGACACCACUGCAGUUAUGGAUGAAUUGUGCUGGAAGUGUUGCAGAAGCUGUCCUUGAUUCAGAGAAUGAUGGUCAAAUAGUCCCUUGGCGACUGUGGGCAAUUCUCAUACGGGCAAUGACCUCACUUUCUCGAAGCAUCUACUGGCUGUGGAUAACAACCCUGAUACAUCGCCAUGGGCUUAGUCCGUGGCGCUGGCUCACUUGGUGGUGCUGCGAUGCUGAACUUGUUGAAAUCUGUGGACAGUGACAUUGUUACUGCUAUGGUGUACUAAUCAAAGAAC